AAAAACAAUGAAAACUUAAUGCGGGAAUAUAUUAACAGAUCAGAUCGAUUGUAUAAGUAUUUGUUGUCAAUGUGUUGUGAAUUUCAGCAGGUCGAUUAUUGCUCGCCACAAGGAAUAGAUACAUGCUAUAGCUUUCUUCACAAUAUCGAUCAUGAAGAAUACCAAGCUCAAUCUUGUUCAUUUUAUAUCAGCAUUGUCUUUCUCGCUACUCAUUUUAUCAGUAUCAGCACAGAAAACAAAUCUUAUUGAUGCUGGGGCGAUAUUGGUCAUACAAGCAAGUUUUAAAGGAUUAAAUUCAACAUUGGCUGAUCCAUGUCUUCCUACACCAUUAUCAUGGGUUACCUGUAACUCUGAUGCUGUCCCAAGAAUAAUAGCGCUAAAUUGUGGUAACAAAGAUCUAAUUGGAGUCUUCGUUGAUUUUAGCGUAAUGGAUGCACUUGAAAUCAUAGACUUCAGCAAUAACCAUUUGACACAAGACUUUCCUGAUUUUCUUGCCGAAUUUCCAAAACUGAAAGAGCUGAAUUUGGCGGAUAACAAUUUAUUUGGAACAGUUCCUACUUCAUUACAGAAGAACAAGGACUUAAAGUUGAAGUUGUCCGGAAACAAAGGCUUGUGCUAUUCUGAUGAAGCUGUAUGCGGACCCAUCGAAUUAGCAAAAGGAGUAAAUGCAGGAAGUCGUAUAAACUCGUUAGAAAGCAUAAUAGGAACUGUAAUUUCAGCUUUGGUGAUGUUUUGGUUUAUUGUUUAGGAUAAUUGUCUUUUGAAUCUCCAAGAUGCAAGGAAUGAGGUGUGCGUUUGGUGGGGGCUGUAUAUAUUCACCUGCCCGUGCGGGAUGAAUUCAGCUGCUGGUUUGGUUUUGUUUGUUGUAAAUUUGCAAUCAUCUUGAGUGGAAUCCUGGUUGGAAAUAUGUGUGUAAUCUCUAAUACACACACAAAAUUAAAUUCUUUAUAUGGUAA